CAAGUUGCAGCCAUACUCUUGCACGAGCGUCGGCCGCGCCGCGAUGAGCACUCGGUUGUUUGUGCAGAACCUCCCGUUGUAUGUGGACGAUGAGAAGUUGCGAAAGCAUUUUGGUGCGCACGGCGAAGUGACAGAUGCAUGCGUUGUCAAGACGAAAGAGGGCAAGUCCCGGCGCUUUGGGUUUGUCGGAUUCAAAACAGAAGCUCAAACGACCGCUGCACAAAAGUUCUUUGACAAGUCGUUCAUUGACACAACACGCAUCAAUGUAAAGGUGGCCCAGCCACGCGAGUCGGAGGAACUCGACCGUCCAUGGAGCAAGUACUCGAAAGGCAGCUCGCGGUACAAGGAGAAGGACGUCGUUGCUGUGGACGAAGACACGAGCAAGGUUGACCUGAACUCAGCAAAAGUCACCAAGGACAAAACACCCAAGGAAACAGGAGGGUUUGAUGAGUUUGUAGAGACGAUGCAGCCUCGUUCAAAGACCAAGUUCUGGGCAAACGACGACGUGGUGGAUACUGAAGGCGGCUCUGCGACGGACAGGAUGAAGGCGGACCUAACUGGCGGCGAUGAGUCAGAUGAAGAAUACCAGGACCUGGACAAGAUUCACGACGUCAAGGCCGGCGAUGAAGAUAGCGAUGACGACAGUGGGGACGAAGGCAUGGACAAAUCCAAAGCCUCGACGACCAAAAAGCCCAUGACCGACUUGGAAUUUUUGAAGUCCAAGACUGUGCGUCGCAUGAUCGACAGUGAUGAAGAAGACAACGGCGAAGUCAGUAGUGGCGAAAGCGAUGACGAAAGCCAAGACGGCGAACCCAGUGGUGAACUCAGCGAUGACGACAACGCCGUGACCAAACUCGACAGCACGAAGAAGGUCCCAAAACAAGGAGAUACGAGCGAGGCGGUCGAGUCGUCGCCGCGCUUGUUCAUUCGCAAUCUGCCAUACAGCUGCGUCGAAGAAGAUUUGACUGAGUUGUUUGCUGGCUACGGCACGAUCGUCGAGCUCCACAUGCCCCUGGACGACAACAAACGGACGAAGGGGUUUGGAUUUGUUUUGUUCCAAACGACAGCGGAAGCCGAGGCGGCGCGAGCGGCGUUGGACGGAAAGCCGUUCCAAGGACGAUUGAUGCACGUCCUGCCAGCCAAGGCCAAACUCGAGCCCGUCGUCGACACGUCCGACAACUCUACCUUGACGUACAAGCAGCGAAAAGAAGCCGAGCGAAAGGCCCUUGCCAACACGAAAGUUGGCUGGAAUGCUUCGUACAUUCGAGGAGAUGCGACGGUUGAUGCCCUCGCCAGUCGAUUGCAGGUGAACAAAGGCGACAUUUUGGACAAGGAGUCGGGCAACAUGGCGGUGCGACUAGCCAUUGGGGAGACCAUUUUGCUCCAGGAAAACCAAGCGUUUUUUGAACAAGAAGGAGUCGAUGUCAAGGUCAUGGAAGGCGCGGCGGCCAAGAAAUCGAAUGCUGAGCGCAGCAACACGGUGCUCCUGGUCAAGAACUUACCUUUUUCGACAGACGAAACCGCGUUGGCACAGCUGUUUCGCACUCACGGCGAACUCGCCCGGUUCGUCCUGCCACCGUCAAAAACGAUGGCGCUAGUCGAAUUCAUGGAGCCGUCCGAGGCUCGCAAAGCAUUUCGCACGCUCGCGUACAAGAAGUUCCAGCACGUUCCGUUAUACUUGGAAUGGGCGCCCGUCAAAGUGUUCAAGGCACCGGCGACCAUGACGUACAGCGAGAAGCUCAAGGCGGCCGGGAACAGCACCAGCGGUGGUGGCGCGUCGGCGGCACGACCAGACGUUGAGGCAGACAACGUGACCGAGCUGGACAACACGCUGUGCGUGAAGAAUCUCAACUUUUCAACGACGGAGGCCGUGCUGAAGGCCGCGUUUGAAAAGUAUGGCACUCUCCGCAAAGUGACGAUCGCGCGCAAGAAAGACCGCCACGGGAAGUUGAAUCUCUCGAUGGGGUUUGGCUUUGUCGAAUUCAGCACGUCGGCGGCCGCGAAAAAUGCCAUGCAAAUGUUGCAAGGCAACUUGCUUGAAGGACACGCCAUGGAUAUUAAGUUAUCGAGGAAGCAACUCCAGCCCGUGAAAGCUAAGCCAGCCAAGACUGAAACCCCCAAAACCAAAGUCAUUUGCCGCAACAUUGCGUUCGAAGCCACAGUGAAGGACGUCCGCGAGCUGUUUGCCGCAUUUGGGCAGCUCAAGACUGUACGCAUGCCCAAGAAAUUCGACGGAAAGCAUCGAGGGUUUGCCUUUAUUGAGUUCCUUACCGAGGCGGAAGCCACGAGCGCGUUCGCCGCGCUGUCGUCGUCACAUUUGUACGGCCGCCACUUGGUCUUGGAGUGGGCAGAGGAUGCAGAUGACCUGGAAACGCUUCGCGCGAAAGCCUCGCGAGAUCUCAAUUCCAUUCAAGAUGGGCAACGCGCAGCGAAACGGCGCAAGAAUGCCGACGAUAUGGAGGACGACCAAGAAUUUUAAGUAUUAAUAGAGGCUGCUUUAGGU